AUGAGCUGCUGGAUGUCAGAGCGGAAGAGACUUCCUCUGUUUUCACCAUAGCAUCAAUAUGUUUUAUGUAGUGUAAUCAUAACAAAAUCCUGAACGCUCUUGAAACCCUUUUAAAAAAUGAAUAAUCUAUAUAACUGGUAACUGUGAUGUUUGUCAAAAAAUGAUAAGAUGUCGCGAAACAGUAAAGCUGUAUUUGUAUAUUACAAGCUAGCUGAAGGUUAGCAUGCUGCUGCUGCGUUAUUAUUGUGAUCAGAAGCUUGGAGGGGAGAGAUGCUGGAAAACAGAGGAAGGUGCUGUUGCUGUGUGAAAUGUUCAUGGGGCAGUGAGGAUGUCACAGCCGGCUGAUGUUCAUACACUGACCCAGCAAGUACGAUCCAGGUAGUCAAGAAAGCAGCAGGGAUGAAAGCAGAAGGCAGGGCAGAGUGUGGAGGGGAGGCUCUGUUUGAGGACCCAGAUUUCCCCCCUGAGGACACCUCCCUUUUCCAUGACAGAUCCACGCCAAUUGCCAGGCUGCAGGCAGACAUCACCUGGCGACGCCCACAGGAAAUCUGCCAGACUCCAGCUCUCUUCCCUGAUAACAACAACAACCUGGGUCAUGCAAAACAAGGCUUAUUAGGAGACUGCUGGUUUCUCUGUGCCUGCACCUUCUUACUGAAAAACAAGCAUCUGCUCAACAAGGUUCUUCCUCCAGACCAGCCUCAGUGGGGUAGCAGCAGGUACAGGGGCUCCUUUCAGUUUUGCUUUUGGCAGCAGGGACACUGGACAAAUGUAAAAAUAGAUGAUCUGCUGCCCUGUAUCAAUUCCACUCUCUGCUUCUCACGCUGCCACUCACCCUCUGCCUUUUGGGUUGCCCUAUUAGAGAAGGCCUAUGCCAAGCUUCAUGGCUCAUAUGAACGUCUGUGGGCAGGACAGGUGUCUGAGGCUCUGGUGGAUUUGACUGGGGGCUUGGCAGAGCGCUGGAGUCUUGGAGUCUUGGGGUCAGAGAAGGAGCAGAGACCAGAACAAGACAGUGACCAGGUCAGAAGGAGAGGGCUGGACCUGAACCUUCUAUACUCUGUGAAAGAUGAGCUUGCAAUAAGCUGCUCCACUCACAGCAGCCCUGGAGGUGCCAGUGAGCUGGGUCAGUAUCAUGCACUGAGUGUCAUGGAGUGGUUGGAUGUGAAGACACUGUCAGGAAGUGAAGCACUGCUACUCAGGAUCAGAAACCCAUGGGGAAGAUGCUCCUGGGUAGGGGCCUGGACAGAGAGUGGUUCUGGUUGGAGUUCUAUCGACCGUGCUUCUGCUUUAGAACUACAAUCCAGGGUGACAGAGGGAGAGUUUUGGUUGGAUGAGACUGAAUUCAUGACCCUGUUUGAUGAUGUCACUGUGGGCUUUCCCAUCAGUGAAGAUGGCCAUCUCAAAAGUAUCUAUACAGGAAAUCUGCUGACUCAUAACCAUCACACGGCUGGUAGGUGGAUGAAAGGUCACUCUGCAGGUGGCAGCCGAAACAGCAGCAGCUACAGCAGCAACCCUAAGUACUGGUUCAAAGUGUGUGAGAGAGGAGAGGUGCUAGUGUCUUUGAUUCAGCAUAGAAAAUGGAGACAUACGGAGAAAUAUGCACAAACACCACUAGAGAACGGCGAUAACACAAAGCACCAGCAUUACCAGGCCAUAGCUCUGCACAUGUGGAAGGUUGAGAAGAAGCGUUUCAAUCUGAGCCGGAUGUUGAACAAACCUCCUUGUGCUUCUACUCACUGCCACGCCUACGAAAGAGAGGUGAUCCUGCACGGGCAGCUGGAGCCCGGAUACUACCUUCUGAUCCCCAGCACUUACCAGCCAGGAGCUGAGGCCCACUUUCUAAUCAGGGUCUUUGCUUCUUCUUCCACUUCCCUCUGUGCCCUGAAAAGCCCAGCACCUUCACUGCCCUUAACUAUCGAUGGAGAGUGGGAGACCAGCUUCUUCCGGGGCUCAUGGGUGGAGGGAACAACAGCCGGAGGAAGUAGGAACUUCCCGUCUUACUUGCAGAACCCGUGUUUCCCUUUUACUGUGUCUGCUGAGUCAACAGAGACAGCAGGAGUUAAUGUCACGGUUACCCUGCACCAGAGCCGCCCUGACACUGAUCUGCACCCUAUUGGCUUCCACAUGUACAAGAACCACAAAGUUUCGCCUGAGCAGACAUUUCCCAGAGACAAGGACCUUGUGGCCAGCUGUGUCCCUCACUGCUACACCCAGGACGUCAGUCUGACCUGCUGUCUGUCUGCUGGAGCUUACACCAUCGUGCCUUCCACCUAUCAGCCCGACUGCCCAGCAGACUUCACCCUCAGCCUCGCUCGCAAAAUACACAGGAAAGUGGUGAAAAGCCAGGAAAUGCUCGGAAGAACCAUUCAGGAGAUCUCUCACAUCUCUGUGAUGCAGAGCUAGUUCUCUGGGACUGUUGCUGCUCCAUUGACGUCGGCUCACCUCCCUGUGCCUCUUGGCCCAUGAUGAAAGAACCGGCUCUUCCGUCCACCCACACCCUAGAAGCCGUGUGUGUGCAUGUAUGUGUAUGGACUUGAAGUGUACCUUCAGAGGCGGAGAAGACAGUCAGGCAGAUCUAGUGGGAAAGUGUGUGUCGGGAAUCCUGGAAACUCCUUUAUCCUGAACUGCUGAGGCUCAGGGCUGAUGGGCAGCCACACACUCAUCGGCGAUUAGGACAUCAGAGGUUGUCGGUGGGCUGGGCUGCUAAUGAAGUAUGACGGGACUGGCUGGUGUAAACAAACAGCCGCCAUUGAAGAGGGCCGCUGCUGCUCUUGCUCAUUCACUCACUGGUGCGCCUGCCGGCCUGGAACAAAGGACCCUCUCAUGAAGGUCCUCACAGAGGCACAGGGGGCAAGGGCGAGGGGAUGGUCUCCGACAGCAGAGCCAACCAAACCACACCACACCAUACCGUGCCAUACCAUGCCAGAGCUGUCCUUCUGUCCCUCACCAACCCCCCUGUAAGCACCCUGCUCCUUACCCAGCUUGCAGCGUUUGUCUUUUCCUCAUCUCUUCUCACAAUCACACUAAAAUCAGGCUCAAACUUAAGUAGUCCAAUCAGUUCCUUACUCCAUCCUCGCCUCACAGCUCCCUUUUUGUCCCCCCCCGGCUUGGUCCACAGCUCUGCUCGGACCUGAACAGAGCUGCAGUUUGAAGUUGCCGCAGGAACAGAUGACGAGCGGGCAGAUGAAGGGAUGAAACGAGGGAUGCGGCACAUCAGAGGAGGUCGGUUCAUAUGAAGGAGCUGCCAGUCCUUUUUGUAUUGGUGGUGUGUGUCUGCCCGCUAGCACCCAUGUCUGCGAGGGGAAGUCACAGGGUUUGUGGUUAUUCAUUUGAGCCAGUGUUAACAGAGACUCUUACCAAGCUAUAAUUAACUUUGGAGCGGCGGUGUGCUGUAUUUAUUAUAUGUGGGGACCAGCUGUAUGGGAUCUGAUUAAUAAAACGUUUAAAAACAA